UCAUCCAGGCCUCUAGGUGUCAGUAACGCUCAAUUUUUCCCGUCUGGCAUUCCUCAAAGCAGGAAGAACAGCAGCAUCUUGUGUCCAUCCCGUGCUACAGGUCAGAGGCGAGGAGAAACUGUGGCAUGCGUCCGUCCUGAGCUGAAGUUGACCAUGGCCCUUUGCCUGUGGCUUAUUGUGGCGGCCCCAGUAUGCUGCUGGGGCCAGGGGCUAGCGGACGCGGGGGACAGCGGGGUUUUUCAGCCACAGAGUGCUCUCACUGACAUGGAGUUUGCCAGCGUCGGCACGUACCGCGGCCCUGGAAACGCUGACCCUCGGCCCAAUAAUAAGCUUCCCAUCCUGCUGUGGUGGAGCUCCAAUCUGUUCCCGCACUUCCCGGGAGACACCGAGCGCGUGGACUGUGCCCGCUCGUCCUGCCUGGUCACCAGCAACCGCAAAGUCCAGCUGUAUCGCCGCACGGCGUCCAUCAUUUUCUACGGCACUGACUUCCGAGCGUACGAGGCUCCUCUGCCGCGCUCGGCCCAUCAGACCUGGGCACUGUUCCACGAAGAGUCGCCAAUGAAUAACUACUUGCUUUCUCACAGCGUUGGAAUCAGGCUGUUUAACUACACGGCCACGUUUCGGAGGGAGUCGGACUACCCGCUGACGCUGCAGUGGUUACCCACUCUGGAUUAUCUUCUGAGCGCGCCGGCAGUCCCUCUGCAGGAGAAGAACCGCUGGAGACGGGCCGGUCUGGCCCCGGUGCUCUACAUGCAGUCCCACUGCGACGUGCCUUCAGACCGCGAUCGCUACGUCCAAGAGCUGAUGAAAUAUAUAGAGAUUGACUCGUACGGAAAGUGCCUUAACAACAAACCCCUGCCUGACUACCUUGAGGACACCAGCACUGCCACCGGUGAAGACGGGCGCUUCAUGAGUUUCGUCGGCCGUUAUAAGUUCCACCUGGCCCUGGAGAACGGCCUGUGCCCCGACUACAUGACAGAGAAGCUGUGGCGGCCCAUGCACCAGGGCUGUGUGCCCAUCUACAGGGGCUCGUCGUCGGUGACCGACUGGCUGCCGAACAAUCACUCCUCUAUCCUCAUCGACGACUUCCGCUCUCCGCGGGAUCUGGCAGAGUUCAUAAAAACUCUAGAUGGGGACGACGCCGAGUACUCACGCUAUCUGGAGUACAAAACGCCUAGCAAGAUCACUAACCUGCGUCUGCUGGAAGGACUGGAGAGCAGAGAGUGGGGCGUCAACGACAUGAGCAAACCUAACUACCUGAAUGGGUUUGAGUGUUUCGUGUGCGAUCGAGAGAACCAGCGGCUGGCAGCAGCGAAAGCUCACAGGAAGAACCCGCAAAACCUGCCGCCUCAACCAAAGAUGGCCAACAGCUCGCACAUGGGCUGCCCGCUGCCCAGUCCUGGAUACGGGCCUGUGGAGAGUAUUGACCAAAAUGACAGCUGGCUCCAGAUGUGGCCGCAGGACUACUGGCAGAGUCUGGAUCAAGCAGAGGGUUUGGAGUCGCUCAUCAGACACAACGUGUCAGAUCCGUCGUUACUGUGGCAGCACAUACAGAGCAUCGCUGUGAGGAGAGCCAGAGGCCCGUGAGACGAACCCAGGACUCAGACGUCACGGAUCAAAACGUCCUCCGACAGCUCGAGACUGAAAUAUUUCAAUCCACCCAAGGCUGAUGAGCCAUUUUUACAUUUUGAACAUUUUUGGAUCACAAUAAUCUUGCUACAUUUAACUGUUUCCUUCUAUUUUGUAGAACGCAUUCAUAAUGAAUGCGCUUUCGAGUUCUAUGUCAAUCUGAAAGCUUCGGCGGAUGUUGGACACUCGGGCUUGCAGCUCGUCACAGAUCGUCUCGUAGAAGAUAUCGAUGCAGUUAUGAUGAACAAAGAAUAAGGGGGACUUUCGCAAGGAUCUUAGAGUGAAUCUCAUGAAAAAAAAAAACAUCUAGGUCAAGUUUAACUACAAAAAUCGGCCGCAUGAAGUAAAAAUUACACCCUUAAGAUUUUGGAUUAUAUGCAUGACACAUGGCAAAUCUGAAAUAUGUUGAUUAUGGCUUUUCACAUGACGGGGAACUAGUGGAAAGGCUGCUGGGACCCAUUAAAUGUUUGCGUACCUCAGUAUUUCUUAUACAAUAUUUAUAUAUUUAUAUUUUUUUAUUGCACAUUCUUGUAACAAAACAAUAAAGGCAGACUUUCACUUGAA